AUGUCCUGGAGAAGAAAUAUGGUUGGUGGUCAUUAUUCCUAUGGUAGUGGGUAUCCAAUGCAAAAGAGAAUUGAAGUCAUCGUAACCUACAUAAAUUCUGGGUMGUAUUGUGCCACAGCGCGUAUCUGUAAAGUAAGCUACAACAGUGUAAGAAASCUCGUGGAGCUAUUUCAACAAAAGGCCUCAUUGCUGCCUCAGUUCCGUAACAAUUCUCGACCAAACAAAAUACCUUGGUUGGAGACCUAUGUAGAGGCCAUUCWUGUUCUUUACCCAACAAUGUACAUAAAAGAAAUACAACAGCUGGUUGUGGACGACUUUGGUCUGACGYCACAAGACACUCCGUCAUGUUCUUGGAUUAGAAAACUGCUGAGAAGGGCUCAUAUAACCAGGAAGAAGUGCACUGUUGUUGCAAUAGAACGGUUUACACCAUAUAUUUAUCUACAGCGGCAGAAUUUUUUCCAGUGGCGACAAACUGUAGAUCCAAGGGAUAUUUAUUUCUUCGAUWAGAGUUCAUUUUCUUCUGAAACCGAUCAACGUAAGUAUGGAUACAGCGAGUGUGGUUUUGCACUACCAGCAUACCGGAACAAGAGGCCAACAUUGAGUAAUUCARUUCUAAGUGCCAUAGGCUAUCGAGAGGGGGUUCUUAUGGCUAUWCCCGUUCAAGGAAGUUUCAAUGUUGAGCUUGUGAAUGAAGUCAUUCAACAUCAAAUUUUGCCAUUAAUUCCUAACAAUUGUUAUCUAGUGGCGGACAACGCAAGGGUACACAAUGAGGCAGGUCUAGCUGCCAUUCUAAAUGCAAAGAAUAUAACACUUGUGAUGUUGCCUACCUAUAGCUAUGAUCUUAAUCCAAUAGAGAUGGUGUUCGGUCUAGUCAAAGCCCUCGUUCGGAAGACACCAGGGAAAAUUCAAGAAAAUAUGCUUCUAGCUGUUGUUAACGGUUUUAUCCAAUUGCCCGCAGUAUGCGUAAGGAAUUUUCACGCUCGGUCGUGGAGAAUAUUUCGCUAG